AUGAUCGGGUCUUCUCAUGCCGUGGUGGCCCUGGGCCUUUUUACGUUAUACGGUCAUUCUGCAGCAGCACCCGCAAUUGGGGCUUCGAAUUCACAGACGAUCGUUACGAAUGGCACUAGUUUCGCAUUGAACGGCGACAAUGUCUCAUAUCGAUUCCAUGUCAACAGUAGCACCGGCGACUUGAUUUCUGAUCAUUUUGGUGGUGUCGUCUCCGGCACAAUCCCUUCGCCAGUGGAACCUGCUGUCAACGGCUGGGUCGGCAUGCCUGGUCGAAUCCGCCGGGAGUUCCCCGACCAAGGCCGUGGGGAUUUCCGCAUUCCCGCCGUUCGUAUUCGGGAAUCGGCAGGUUAUACUGUUAGCGAUCUCCAAUAUGUGUCGCACGAGGUGAUCGAAGGUAAAUAUGCUUUGCCUGGCCUGCCUGCCACAUUUGGCGAUGCGCAGGACGCCACCACUUUGGUAGUCCAUCUGUAUGACAACUAUAGCUCCGUCGCGGCCGACUUGUCAUACUCCAUAUUUCCGAAAUAUGAUGCGAUCGUGAGGAGUGUCAAUGUGACCAACCAGGGCCCAGGUAAUAUCACUAUCGAGGCCCUUGCAAGCAUAAGUAUCGAUUUCCCCUAUGAAGACCUCGACAUGGUCAGCCUCCGAGGCGACUGGGCCAGAGAGGCAAAUGUUCAGAGAAGCAAAGUGCAGUAUGGCGUCCAGGGAUUUGGAAGCAGUACUGGAUAUUCCUCUCACCUUCAUAAUCCCUUCCUUGCCAUAGUAGAUCCAGCUACUACCGAAUCGCAAGGCGAGGCAUGGGGUUUCAACCUUGUAUAUACCGGCUCUUUCUCGGCGCAAGUAGAGAAAGGAUCGCAAGGUUUCACCCGGGCGCUGCUCGGCUUCAACCCGGACCAAUUAUCGUGGAACCUUGGCCCUGGCGAGACUUUAACCUCCCCCGAGUGUGUUGCAGUCUACUCGGACAAAGGCCUUGGCUCAGUGUCUCGCAAAUUCCACCGGCUAUAUCGCAACCACCUCAUGAAGAGCAAGUUCGCCACGUCCGACCGGCCGGUUCUGCUGAAUAGCUGGGAAGGUGUUUAUUUCGAUUACAAUCAAAGCAGCAUCGAAACUCUUGCCGAAGAGUCCGCUGCCCUGGGUGUCCACCUCUUUGUCAUGGACGACGGCUGGUUUGGGGACAAGUACCCUCGAGUGUCCGAUAACGCCGGACUGGGCGACUGGAUGCCCAAUCCAGCGCGCUUCCCGGACGGGUUGACCCCGGUCGUGCAAGACAUCACAAAUCUCACCGUCAAUGGCACAGAGUCCACAAAACUUCGCUUUGGUAUUUGGGUGGAGCCCGAGAUGGUCAACCCCAAUUCCACUCUCUACCACGAACACCCGGAGUGGGCGCUUCAUGCCGGGCCUUACCCCCGUACCGAGCGUCGGAACCAGCUCGUCCUCAACCUGGCGCUUCCGGCUGUGCAGGACUUCAUCAUAGACUUCAUGACGAACCUGUUACAAGAUACCGGCAUUUCCUACGUCAAAUGGGACAACAACCGGGGGAUACACGAGACGCCCUCUCCGUCGACUGACCAUCAGUACAUGCUUGGCCUCUACCGGGUGUUCGACACACUGACCACCCGUUUUCCGGAUGUCCUGUGGGAAGGAUGUGCCUCGGGCGGCGGCCGCUUUGAUGCUGGCAUGCUGCAGUAUGUCCCCCAGAUCUGGACUUCCGACAACACCGACGCCAUCGACCGAAUCACCAUCCAAUUUGGGACCUCGCUUGCCUACCCGCCAUCAGCAAUGGGAGCCCACCU